CUAACACCAAGUACCUUCUCCUCCUCCUUCUCCUUAGAUGUUAUGUUCUCCACCUUUCGGUCUUUUUCAAUCAUUGUCAUGUCCAGAGAGAAAUAAUUGCAGUCGACCAUCAUGUAUAUUUUCACAUAGCUCAGAUUUGCCAUCCCACAAUUCGCUUAACAUCCCAGUCCAUGAACCGUCUCCCGUCCCCAUCCCACAGAAAAUAGCCAAACCGUCUGCCGAUGUAGUACCUCGACUACCUUCUGGUAGCAAUGGGAAUCCCAGCGGACCCCCAACACAGCGUCUAAGAGUUGGCACCGCACAGAAGCCAGUUGCCGUUCCUGCCACAUCGCACACUAGUACCGGCGUACCAAUCCUUAGAAUUAAUCCCGCACAAUCUCAAGUCGCUCUCCCAGUCCGUCAAGCAAUGCUGAAGACGCUGUACGAGCACUUUGUCGUCCUUUACGACUCUAUACUGCCAUUAAACCCGACCAUUGCAUCUGAGCAUGCACUUCGUCAGGAGGAACAAGUCUAUAACAAGUCCACUAAGUUGACAUAUCGCAACGCCGUUAUAAAUUCAAUAGCAGCUUUGAAGCGACGUCCAAUACCGACGUCUACAUCACAUCUAUCUGUAGGCACUGAAGAAGAUUUGGCGGCUCGCGCAGAGUCCAGGAAGAAAUUAGAUAAUCUCCGGGUAACCCGAGAUCUUCUCAAACCACUUGUCAUGUCUUUAGAGGACAUGCAGUCGUGGGGCUUUAUUACCGAAGCGACCAACCGAGUGCCUGAAGGCAAAAUUAUUCAAUGCGAACGAUGCACCCAGUCGUACAUGGUCAAAAGUAAUCCUACAUCAGAAGAAUGUCAUCAUCAUUGGGGAAGGCUUUUCACGCACAAAGUCAACGGAGAGCGUCUGCGUUCCUAUUCUUGCUGCUCUAAGCCAGCGGAGGAAGGCGGAUGUACUAGAGGCCCACACGUCUUUUAUGAGUCUAUAGCAGCAGACUUGCACUCACGCCAUGCAUUCUCGUUUACCCGUCCAUCAGUCACCGACACGGAGAUGGAUUCAACCGAUACAGCCUUAGAUGUCGUGGCUUUAGAUUGUGAGAUGAUUUACACGACUGGAGGUAUGCGCGUCGCCCGUGUUUCGGUAGUCGAUGGUUCCGGGAAACAAGUUUUUGAUGAAUUAGUGAGGAUGGAUGAUGGAGUCGAAGUCGUAGACUACAAUACACGAUUCUCCGGUAUUACCCAGGAAGAGCAUGUGCAAGCUGCGCUCUCGUUGUCUUCUGUACGCAAAUCCCUUGACGCGUUCAUCAACCGUGAUACGAUCGUCAUCGGGCAUGCCCUUCACAAUGAUCUCAACACACUUCGGAUAGUUCAUCAUCAGUGUGUUGAUACAGCCAUUAUCUUCCCCCAUCGCGCAGGUCCUCCAUAUCGACGUUCUUUGAGGGACCUGGCGAAAGAACACCUUGGUCUCACAAUCCAGGCUGGUGGAGGAACAAGCGGGCAUUCUUCAGUGGAGGACUCUGUAGCAACACUUGAUCUUGUGAGGUGGUAUGUCCUGAACAAGCUAAAACCGACUGCCAAGACGUAGAUACUGCCACUACUGUUGUUGGUAUCACCCACGCAUACCUCUCAGGUAUGAGACAUCCACUAUCCAGACACCAUCUGUGCCAUGCCUUCCUAAGCCGCCGACUGUAGCUUUCAGCGGAUCAAUGGGCCGCGUGCAGCUCCCAAACGACCUAUGAUGUCCUCGGAGGACUCUUGCUCUUCGACACUAUCCGAUUAACUGACCACGCGCAGGACUGACUUCUUGGACGAUUCUUGCAUCUCUCCUGCGAUUAUGAGCUCGUCCAGGAUC